AUGGAACUCUCCCUCUUCUCCCCUGCUUGUCUGCCUGCCUUUUCCCCACUCCUCCCAACCCAAUCCAUCCCCUGCCCUCCACUCCCUCUUUCAACCCCCCCCAGGUGCUUCCGAGACGAGGAUCUGCGGGCGGACCGCCAGCCCGAGUUCACACAGCUGGACAUGGAGCUCUCCUUCACACCGUUGGAUGAGAUGCUCGCCCUGAAUGAACGGCUCAUGCAGCACCUAUUUCAAACCAUCAAGGGAGUGAAGCUUCCGAGCACCUUCCCCCGCCUAACCUACGCUGAAGCGAUGCUCCGCUUUGGCUCGGACAAACCGGACUUGAGGUUCGGCAUGGAGAUAGCUGAUAUCUCGCACAUCGUCGCGGGCAGCGGUUUCAAAGUGUUCGAAUCUGCCCUGGAGGCAGGCGGGGUGGUGAGGGCAGUAUCAGUGCCGGGCGGCACAGCAAAGAUCUCAGCGACGCGGGUGAAGAAGGGCGACGUGUUUCAGGAGGCCGUCAAGGCGGGCGCCAAGGGCUGCCCUUCCUCAAGGUGCUGCCACAAGGCCAUCCCAGCCAUCUCUGCUGCAUUCUCAGAUGCGGACAAAAGAGCCGCCCUUCUGCAGUCCCUGGACGCGCAACCGGGCGAUCUUGUCUUAUUCGCCGCGGGCCCGGCCAAUCAGGUGGCAGCAACGCUUGGGCGGCUGCGGCUGUAUGUGGCGGGCAGCUUGGGUCUGAUUGACGAAUCAGCGGAGGCGAUUCUCUGGGUGACCGAUUUUCCCAUGUUCGAGUGGAACGAGGGAGAGCAGCGGCUGGAGGCGCUGCACCAUCCGUUCACGGCCCCCCAUCCGGACGACAUGGCAGACAUCAGCACUGCCAGGGCUCUCGCCUACGACCUUGUGUACAACGGCGUGGAGAUCGGAGGCGGCAGCCUGCGCAUAUUUCGACGGGACGUGCAGGAAAAGGUGUUUGACUGCAUCGGCCUCACCCCCCAACAGGCGGAGGAGAAGUUUGGGUACCUCAUGGAGGCAUUCGACCUGGGAGCCCCACCACACGGCGGCAUUGCGUACGGGUUAGACCGCCUGGCAAUGCUGCUGCUCAACCAGCCGUCCAUCCGCGAUGUCAUUGCCUUCCCCAAGACCACCGCUGCACAGUGCCUGCUCACCAACGCCCCUGCUCCAGUCUCCAGUGGGAGGGUGUGGGGGGGGGGGGGGGGGGGGGGGGGGGGGGGGGGGGGGGGGGGGGGGUCUUAUAAUGUCACAUGCCAUUUUGGGGGGAAAGGAAGUAUGGAAGGUAGGAGGGAAGGAAAGAAGGAAGGACGGACGGGAGGAAUGAGAGAGCGAGGCGAGUGUGAGAGAACGAGAGAGAGAGAGAGAGAGAGAGAGAGAGAGAGAGAGAGAGAGAGAGAGAGAGAGAGAAGAGAGAGAGAGAGAGAGAGAGAGAGAGAGAGAGAAGAACGAGAGAGAGAGAGAAAACGAGAGAGAAAAAACGAGAGAGAGAAACGAGAGAGAGAGAACGAGAGAGAGAGAGAGAGAGAACGAGAGAGAGAGAGAGAGAGAGAGAGAGAUAGAGAGAGAGAGAGAGAGAGAGAGAGAGAGAACGAGAGAGAGAGAGAGAGAGAGAGAGAGAGAACGAGAGAGAGAGAGAGAGAGAGAGAGAGAGAGAGAGAGAGAGAGAGAGAGAGAGAGAGAGAGAGCGAGAGAGAGAGAGAGAGAGAGAGAGAAUCGAAGCGAGAGAGAACGAGAGAUAGAGAACGUGGAUUGAGAACGGGAGAUUGA